CAAAAUAUGAACCACCUGUAUUGUUCUAUGGCUUCAACAUACUAACAGGUCACGAAAAAAAAAUGAAGUAAUCCUGGACGGGGUAUCAGCCCAUUGGUGUACUCGUAUUAUGGCACACCUCCCUGUAGGCAGUUUGGAGGUCCUCUACAGCACUUACUUGAGAUGUGACUGGCAUAUCUGACGAAAACUUGCUCUGACACAAGCAAACAGUAUGACUGCUUUUCCCGGGGCAAUAUUCUAUAUCGAAGGGUUCUGCACUGGAGAUUUGUCUGUCGGAAACAAACUGGAAAGUUGUCUGCUGUUCCUGUGAAGCCUUUGAGCUGUUUCUUCAUGAGGCAGCAGGGAAGUGACACAGUAGUGUAUAAAGGUACAAAAGGUGGAGAAAAAAGUGGAGUUUCACAAAGCAAUACUAGGUAUCUGCCACUGGACUAAUGGCAGCUGACCAGGAGCAAUUGAAACGCGUAAACGAGGAUUUAGAGGAACUGGGAGAGAAUUGUCAUGAAGCAAAACGAUUGAAAGUUUCCAAAGAGGAGAAAACUGAAGAACAAAUCAAGAAAUACCCCAAAAGAAAAGUUGUCCUCUUGAUUUCAUAUUCUGGAAAGGGUUACCAUGGAAUGCAACGAAAUGUUGGAUCUUCUGAGUUCAAGACAAUAGAAGAUGACUUGGUUUACAGUCUUGUGAAGUCUGGUUGUAUUCCAGAGAAUCAUGGUGUUGACAUGAAGAAAAUGUCGUUUCAGAGAUGUGCAAGGACAGAUAAGGGUGUUUCUGCAGCUGGGCAGGUUGUCUCUCUGAAGGUCUGGCUUAUUGACAACAUUGUGGAAAGAAUUAAUGAGCAUUUACCAUCUCACAUCAGAGUCUUGGGUCUGAAGAGGGUGACAGGAGGCUUUAACUCCAAAAACAAGUGUGAUGCCAGAACGUACAUGUACGUGUUACCAUCAUUUGCUUUUGCCCAUAAAGAUUGGGAUGGGCCACUUGAGGAGUACAGACUGAGUGUGGACACAUUAAAGCAGGUCAACAGACUUUUUUCUUGUUACAAAGGAACCCACAACUUUCAUAAUUUUACCUCUCAGAAGGGGCCUAAAGAUCCCAGUGCUAAUCGCUACAUAAUGGAAAUGUACUGUGAAGAGCCCUUCAUAAGGGAAGGUAUGGAAUUUGCUGUUGUGAAGAUUAAAGGUCAAAGUUUUAUGCUGCACCAGAUCCGAAAGAUGAUUGGAUUAGUAAUUGCCAUUGUGAAAGGCUAUGCUGCAGAAUCUAUUAUGGAACGAAGUUGGGGUGAGGUGAAAGUUGACAUUCCUAAAGCACCAGGGCUGGGUCUUGUGCUAGAGACUGUUCACUUUGAAAAGUAUAACCAACGGUUUGGGAAUGAUGGCCUACAUGAAGCUUUGGACUGGGCAGAAGAGAGGGAUAAGAUUGCAGCUUUUAAAGAAGAGUAUAUCUACCCAACUAUAAUAGAGACUGAAAAGAAUGAGAAAUCCAUGGCUAACUGGUUGAGCACACUUACAGUUCAUGACUUUGAUGCCACUUCCUCAGAAAUCCAAACAAAUGAACAGAAGAAUGGUAAAGAUGAUGGCAGUGGAGAAGACUCUGACUGAAGAAAUGGCCUUUAUGCAGUCACUCACCGUUUUCUACUUUGCAUCUUUAAAGCUGCACGGAGGAAUGCAUCUUCAAUCUCUGAACAUCACCAAAGUCCUGAAAGGAUCAGUCAGUGUCAUCAAGAAAAAUAGUUGUUUCAUUUCUUUGAGACUUAAAGCUGUCCUUGCCAAAGGUUACCCGAGUGCAGGAUGACAGUUGGCGUAACCGUUAAA